AUGGCGAAUCGGGUGUUGAUCCUCAACUCCAUCAUUCUCCCGUCUGUUCUGUUCACGGCGGCGGUUUUCGAUAUGCCUGAGUGGGCACGACUUGCUGUCCACAACCUGUACAAACAAUUUUUAUGGGCUCAUGCGACUUCAACGGAAGCCAGACGACACAAGAUUAACCCGGGAAUAAUUUUCACCCCCAAAAAGGCAGGGGGGGUUGGGUUGGCCUCUUUGGAUGUGGCUAUUAAAACGCAGCGUACCAAGCACGCUUUACAGUGGCUCACACAAGCUCAUGACAAGUAUUUUGGAGCCUGGAGUGCGUGGGCUUAUCAAGGCCGGCCGACAAAUUCGAGCCUGGUUCUCCUUUGCAGGACGCAGGCAGCUGGGGCUUUAUCGUGUUUCGGGGCACCGUCCCCAAAUUCAUGGGUACCGGACGUUGACAAGCUUCUACACCCUACGGUAGAGCAAGCCACCAUACUCAGCGAGCGGGUACGUACGUACUACCACCCCGUCCUCCACGGCGCCAGUAGCUGGUGGGAGGAGGAGGAGGAAUGGGUUCUGUCGUAUCAUCACCCUUUCCCGGCUGGGUUACCUGCGCUCGAUCCUCAACAGUGUGCGUUACAUCGCUUUUGGUGGACAAUAGGCUGGAGUAAUAACCCGUGGAUCCAGGACGGCAAUGGCCUUCCGUUAAAAUUCUCUACCUACGACCGGAUCGCGAUCUGCCCCAUCUCAGACCUGCACAUUCGGCGAACAGGGCCAACUGAAUUUAUUUUUCGCAUUAAGCCGGUUGGACCCCGAUCUAUUCACCACUCGCAGCCUAAACUCCGUCGGUGGGCGACGGCAAUCUUGCUGGCACCCCCUACGUUUCCCAUUAUGGGCGAAUUAGCGCUCGAACCUGAGCUGGUUCUUCGCCAUGCACCACCUUUUCGACAUGAUUGGACCUGGGCCUCGGUGCAACAAGGUCGAGUGGUCGGUACGCGAGAGGGGUACUUGGAAGUCGCUGACCAGCCUGUUGAACUGCAGCAGAGUGCGGAUGGAAUUCGCUGGUUUUUCACCUCUCACCUACCGGAGUUAGCUACUAAUUCGGACGAGGACAGAUCCAUUUGGGCCCUACGCCUGCGUCGUCACGGCGUCGUGUUUUACUCCCAUCCCAGGCAUCAUGGCUUUCCUUGGGCCGUCGCCGAGUCGGUCACGAAUUUAGCUAUACGAAAACCUAUUGUACGCCUGGCGUUCACGUUUCUCAAAAGACUUCUUGCAGUCGCAUUGCGACCGCUGGUGCGGCGUCUGGACGCCGUCUGUGACUUCGAUCAGUGGCAGCGGGCUGCCGCAAACCAAGACCCGGCACACGUUUGGAAGCAUGCCAAUGGCCUUUCCGACCAUCAGGUCUGGACGUGUUACCGUAUAGCCACCAAGCAACUUAACUUGUACCAUGCCGGCCGUCCGGCGGACAAUAGUUGCCGGGCGUUAUCGGCGUGUCACGGUUGCAAUGAAACGCCGUCUCACAUCUUUUGGGACUGCCCCAAGGCGCGCGCGUGCUGGGGUCAACUCAUUACCCAUUGGACAGGAGAACGGGCUGGGAGGCCGUGGGGAGAGCGUAGGUUCGUCGGGAGUGUGAAUCGUCACGCGCCGGAGGUACCCGCCAGGCAGCGUCUUCGGAUUUACCAUAUGCUCCCGGAGGACUUAGAGGCUGGUGUCGCGGUUUGGAAGCGUCUCUGGUUUAUAAUGAGCAGCAUUUGUCUGAACCACUUAUGGAAUGAGCGGAACGACGCGGUUUUUCGGGGAGUGCAGUCGACGCCUCUCCACAGCGCCGCGCGUUUUUGGGCGCUGGAUAUCCGACAUCUUACCGCGUUAGCGAAACGCGAACAUCGCGGUCCCGACACAGCUGUCGCCGGGGCUAUCAUGCAUACCUGUAUCGACCUCUUUAUUCUCGAACCUCGGGAUGGGCCGAUACCUUUAGGUGACAGCCACGACAAGCUACCAGUCCCGGAGCUAUUGUCCUGGCUUAAAAGUUUUCAGACAUCUUUAGCAUAA